CGCUGCGUCUACCCUUAGAGCCCAAAGGCCAUGAUUGCAGCCGCGUGCUCUGCUGUUUGUAGCGGGGAAACAGCACCUGCAGAUCUUGGCGCCUCGUCCUGAUAGCUUAUCGCGAUGUUUGGUGGCGGCCUUGGCGGUGCGAGCGCAGUCAACUACAACACCAACGGCGACUACGAGGUGCCCCAAUGCCCCACAGACGGUACGAAUGAAUGACCUGACGUGCCGGUGAAGAUGUCAAUCGUCCAUCGCUCCGUCUGCUCGUGUGGUUGGUUCGUUAGGUAUAUCUGAAGUAGCUUGGGCGAAGGGUCGCAACAUUCUCGCGUGUGCGUCAUGGGACAAGAGUGUGCGGAUAUGGGAAGUGACGGCGCAGCAGAGUGAGGGAGGGGAGGGCGGCAGAGAGGGAUGGGGGGGAAGAAGAACGCGUUUGUGCGUGUCAUGCGUUUCGUGUGUGGCAUCUAAUCUCCUGUUGUGUUCCAUCAGCGUUUGGUGCCGCCGGUGGGUACACGGCAGCGCCCAAGGUGUCGUACAACCACGAGAGCCCGGCACUCACAUGCGAAUUCUCACACGUGAGCAACAUUGGCUGAAGAGGACAGACAGACAGACAGGCAGACAGCCUAGAGCCAGGCAGGAGUCAUGUUGUCCUUUCUGUCCUUUGCGUGUGUUAGGAUAUGCAAUACCUGUGGAGCGCUGGCUGCGACAAGAAGAUCAAAGUGUGCAACCUGGGGGCGGCGGGCAACCCCACACAGGUGAGGUCGGUCAGGAGAGCGAGCGCACAAGAGAGGACACAUACACACAUGCCCAUCCCUGAUGCGAUCGUCUGACUGUGUGUCCAUCUCAUCUGCCUGUUGGUGUCAUGUCCUGUGACGUGACAGGACUGUGGUACCCAUGAUGCGCCUAUUCGGCAUAUCAAGUGGUGUCAGGAGCUCAACAUGCUCAUAUCUGGUACGUGCCUCCCACAUAUAUCAGCGACACCUACCUGCAUUGUUCGGCUCUGUUUCUGUCAGGCGGUUGGGAUCGUACGUUGAAGUUCUGGGAUUUCAGGCAGGGGCAGCAGGCCACCACGCUGCAGCUCCCAGAACGGGUGGCUGAUUGGAAGGAAGGGGCGGAAAGACGCGCAAAAGGCGACCAUCAAUCUUUCACUUCACUGGCGCUGUUGUGUCCUUGUCAUGUCAGUGCUAUGCUAUGGAUUUGAAGUACCCUGUGUUGGUUGUGGGCACGGCUGACCUGCACGUGCUCAUCUACAACCUCCAGAACAUACAGCAGACCGGCGCGCCCGUCAAGGUAAGUAAGGUACACAGGCAAGACAAGACGUCAAUCAGCCGAGCCCUGUCAAUGCAUUGCAAUGCGUUGUGUGUGUGAAUGAUGUAAUGUGUGCAGACGGUGACGUCCAACCUGAAGAUGCAGACGCGUUGUGUGUCCAUCUUCACCGACAAGACGGGAUGGGCUACGGGGUCGGUGGAGGGGCGCGUGUACAUCGCAUACAUCGACGAGAGCCAGUCGUAAGACACUCACACCCACACCACACCACACCACACCACACCACACAACAUCCACCGCACACACCUGCCUGACGGUGGUUGAUUGUGGUGCGUGCUGUCUGUGCAAGCUCCAGUGGCAAGAGUUUUGCGUUCAAGUGUCACCGUGUGGAUCGCGGUCACAACGAGAGCGACAUCUACCCCGUCAACUCCAUCGACUUUCAUCCCCAGUUCGGCACAUUCGCCACCACGGUGCAAUGCACUUGACGAGGUGGCGCCCUGGUCUGAUUGAUGUUGUGAUUCACUUAUUGCAGGGAUCUGAUGGGACGUUUGUGUUCUGGGACAAGGAUAACAAGCAGAGGUCAGAGGCACGCAGGCCGAGAGGAGAGGAGGGAGGGCAGCGAUGGAGGAUAUCGUGCGUCUGUCUGCCUCAUAUUUAUUGUAUGCACAGGUUGAAGCAGUUCAAGCCCGUCAACAUCGCCAUCCCCUGCGCCCGCUUCAACUAUGACGGCUCCAUCUUCGCAUACGCCUGCUCAUACGACUGGCACAAAGUGCAUCCAACACGCAACCCACAACAGCCACCCACACGCAAGGUGAGGUGGCUGUCUGUUGUGUCGUUGUCUAUCAGGGUCACGAUGGCGCUCUCUCGACCAACCCGAACAAGAUCUUGCUGCACAGGGUGGGUAGAGUGGAGGGCCAACGAUGGAUGGAUGGAUUGCCACGCGUGUGUUGUGUUGAUGGGAUGGAUGGAUGCCACGCAGGUGACCGAAGACGAGAUCAAGAACAAGAAACCACAAGGCGGUGAGGGAGAAGUGCAAUGAAUGAAGAAGGGGUCAAUGCACAGCCUUAAUUGUGGGUCCCCACUGGUUGCUUUCGUUCGAACAGGUGGUGGCCGCCGAUAGACAGCGGGACGGGAUGGGACAGGAUGUGCGCAUCUAUCCCUCUAGAGCUGCGUUCGUUGGGGGGAUACUGGUGGGUGGGUGGGUGGAUGGAUGGAUGGAUGUUGUACAGCUGUUCGUUCCAUUCAUGCAUGAUUGCGAUGCUUUAUACAUUCACGCGCGUGGCGGACUGGGUGAGUGUCCUGUGAAUGAUAAUUCUCUGUGUCAC